AUGGGCUCCAAGCGUAGCCUGGUAGCUCGCGAUGAUUGCCUGGACAUCGAGGACCUUGAGAAGUGCCUCGAGGACGUGGGAGAAAUCCUUUCAGACCCAGGCGAGCUCUUGGGCGAGAAGAAGAAGCGCCAGAGUCCUGGCUACUCUGACUCCGAACAGGAGGCUAUCUGCGCCUCUUUUGCUGAAUUCGUCCCGGUUCACCAGGAGCUCCUCCAGACUCUCAUUGGCAAGCACGGCCUCUUGAGCCUGACGCCCUUCACUCAGCCCAUUGCUCAAGUCCUCCGAUCAGAUGAGGGUGCUGUUGACACCCUAGCCUUCGGCCUCAUUGAUGCUCUCCCUGUCUGCGCUCAGGAUGCCACCCAGAACAAGAACAACCUUGACCGCACCUUCGAUCAAGCCAUAAAUGAGUACUCUGACUAA